AUGGUCAAUUCUACAGGCAGCUUAAGUUCUGACGAUGACCUGUCGUAUCAACCUAAGAUUCAACUUCCUUCUAUAAAGAAAACCAGAAAAUCGGUGCGAUUCCCUGUUGCCGGUGUUAAACCUCAACGGGGUCCCGCGAACAUGUUCAUACUGGACUCAGACGAAGACUAUGAAGAAGACGAUUAUAACGAUGAUGAAAAUGGAAGUGGUAUCGACGUAGACAGGAGCCAUCUAGAAAGUGGUGGUGGUCAUAGGCCCGGACGGCUGUCUCAUGUCGUCCCUAGUUUCGGUGGUCAUACCGCACCUCCUUCGUCGCAGUCUCAUGGAGAUAUUGACUCAGACUUAUCCACACAUUCAGGUAACCCUUUCAUCUCCACAUCUUCAUAUCCUCAGCCAGAGCUAGAGUACUCGUCUGAAUCAGACGAUGGAGGCAAUUCAAUCAAGUCUCACCAUUUGGUAGAGGCAGACAUCACUGAACAGCAACUUCCCCAACCCCCCUUCGCACUGACAGAGGAUGAUCUAUCAGGUGACAGGAGUUCGCCGGGGGGACUCAGGGGAAUCCUUCGAAAGAUGUCAUUAAGAGAUAAGUUUGGCACCAAUAAUGACACCUCGAAUUCUGAUACGUUUAUCGGUCAUAUGAUGCAAUCAGGUGGAGGGUUGGGCAGUGGAGGAUUGGCCCCCGGUGCAUCUCAUGCUGGCGAGGAAGGACCUGAGGAUUUAGAUGCUGAAAAAGUAGUUGGGUUUGAAGAAGGUCCAGAUGCUAUAGAAUUGAAGCGUUUGAAUCCUAGAAAUAUCAAUGAAGAGGCACUCAAUCUUCUUUCUGUCCAUGCUCCAUCAAUAGGAAAAAAGUAUCUUAACGAGGAUCCUGAUGAGGACAAUAAUAAGCCCAAUAAUUUUGAGGCCAGUUCGUCUUACUCAGGACUGACAAAUUCUGAACAAUUUUAUGUGGACAACCCUGAUCUUUAUUUACGGAACAACGGAAGCUCAGAUGAAGAAGAUUUUGGACUAGACGAAGACAAUGACUAUGUGGCACCUCCAAAGCAUGUUCAGGCUGGUGUUCUAUCGUCACUUUUAAAGUUGUACCAACAACCACAAGCUUCCAAAUCAACCCUCAGUUUGGGAUCCCGGAUGUCUACCUUAGGAGAUGAACAACAAAGUGAAAUUUCACGUCCAACUUCAACUACAGAUAUGUUAAAGAAGUUUGGGUUCACCAAUAAGAUGAAGAUGAAGAAGAAGACCACAACUCCUACCAGAUCCGAGUCAGACUCAGAAGAUCAGCAGAACUUGGGGGGGUCUGGCGAUCAAGAAACUAACUCUAAUCUUGCGUCAUUUAGAAAUGCCGUUCCCAAGGCUCCUAAGAAAAUUAAGAUGGAGACAGCAGGUACUACAAAUACAGCUACAAAGAACAUCAAAAAGCUUCGCAAUAUCCGCAGACAUCAUCAUGAAAGAAAUGCCAAAAAGAUCACUGUUCAUAUUGAAAAGAUCCUCUAUCGUCAACGGUUUAUUGUAAAAAUGUGUAAAGCUUUGAUGUUAUAUGGUGCCCCUACUCAUAGAUUAGAAGAAUAUAUGACCAUGACCAGUAGAGUUUUGGAAAUUGAUGGUCAAUUCAUCUAUUUCCCUGGAUGCAUGAUGAUUUCAUUUGGUGAUGCUGCAACCAGAACUUCAGAAGUCCAUUUGGUUAGAUGUGCUCAAGGUUUGAACUUAUAUAAGCUUUCUCGAACUCAUAAGGUGUACAAAGACGUCAUACAUGAUUUGAUUGGUGUUGAUGAUGCUUCUCAUAAACUUGAUGAAUUGAUGAAGACUAGAAAUUUGUAUGCUCCUUGGAUGUGUGUUAUCUUGUACGGGUUGGGAUCGCUUUCAGUUUGUCCUUGGGCAUUUGGUGGAGGAUGGCUCGACUUACCAGUGGCAUUUGGCAUUGGUCUUUGCGUUGGGUAUAUGCAAUUUUUUGUUUCAUCGAUUUCCAAUUUAUAUUCUUCUGUCUUUGAAGUCUCGGCCUCUAUUGUGGUUUCCUUCAUUGCCCGGGGUCUUGGAUCGAUUAACAAUAGUAAUACCUUUUGCUUUGGAGCCCUUGUUCAGAGUUGUCUAGCAUUGAUUUUACCUGGUUACAUCAUUUUAUGUGGGUCAUUGGAAUUACAAUCCAGAAAUCUCGUUGCAGGAUCCGUCCGGAUGUUUUAUGCUAUUAUUUACUCAUUGUUCUUGGGGUUCGGGAUAACGUUAGGUGCAGCAUUAUAUGGUUGGAUCGAUAAAGGUGCUACAAAUGUGACCAUCUGUCCAGCAUCCCACCAAUUGGAUAGUAAAUGGCGUAUUUUGUUUGUGCCACUCUUUACUGCAACUCUCGGGUUAAUUAAUCAAGCUGAGUGGAAGCAAUUACCUAUAAUGAUAGGGAUCUCAUCAACUGCUUAUAUUGCUACAUUUUUUGCUGGUAAGCAUUUUCAGAGCGUUACAGAGUUUACAGCUUGUAUUGGGGCCUUCAUUAUUGGUGUUCUUGGGAACUUAUAUUCCAGAAUUGGUAAGGGGAUGGCAGUUAGUGCAAUGCUUCCAGCCAUAUUCGUUCAAGUGCCAUCGGGUAUUGCUCUGCAGAGUUCGUUGCUUGCAGGUGUUCAAUCAGCAAAUAAAAUCACCCAUAGCAAUAGUACUACACUGACAGGGACUAGUAGUAAUUCACUUUCCUUUGGAGUAACUAUGGUUGAAGUUGCUAUUGGGAUUAGUGUCGGGUUAUUUGCGGCUGCUCUUUGUGUCUAUCCUUUAGGGAAGAAGAAGACUGGUCUUUUCGCUCUUUGA